ACCAUUGGGAUAGUUUUGUGGGAAAGAAGAAACCAACAACCCCAACAGGGCAACAGGUGAAAAUUUCAAACAUAGGUUUGGGCCGCGAAGAUUAGAAGUUAGGCGCGGAAGUGGUCCGCUUGUUACUUGUAUAAUUCUUUUUGACCGACUGAGACUGAAAAACAAACAAUUCUUUGUGGAGUGAGUGUGCGUGCGCAGGGAAGAGAAAGAUGGGAAGCUCGAACACCGGUGGAAAAGACGAUUCCGGCAACGCAGGUGGAAGCGAUUCCUCUAAUGGCGGACUUCCGGAUCCUACAACUAGACUCUACUCCGAAGGCGAGAAAGUCCUCGCUUAUCAUGGUCCUCGCAUCUAUGAAGCCAAGGUUCAAAAAAUUGAGACUCGUAAAAAAGAGUGGCGAUAUUUUGUCCAUUACCUUCAUCUUUCCUCUUUUGCAGGGUUGGAACAAAAAUUGGGAUGAAUGGGUUAGUGCGGAUCGCUUGAUGAAAAUUACGGAUGAAAAUAUCCAAAAACAGCUGGCUCUGGAAAAGAAGCUAGGUGCAGACAAGCAUCAUAAGUCUGGACGUUCUGCACAGACAAAGCCAAAAGAUGCAAAAAUGGAUAAAGAGGAACCGAAGAACAAUGUGGCAAAAGGGAAAAAGCGUAAGACUGACGAGAAGGAAAGCAUUUCUGCUGAAAAACUUGUGAAGAUCCAGAUGCCAUCAACGUUGAAGAAGCAACUGGUUGAUGAUUGGGAGUUUGUAUCACAAAAGGACAAGCUUGUUAAGCUGCCUCGCUCUCCAAACGUGGAUGAUAUAUUAAAGAAAUAUCUUGAAUAUCGAACAAGAAAAGAUGGCACGAUGACCGAUUCAAUUACAGAAAUUUUGAAUGGUUUACGCUGUUAUUUUGACAAAGCACUGCCAUUGAUGCUUCUGUAUAAAAAGGAAAGGCAGCAGUAUCAUGAGGCUGUAACUAAUAAUGUAUCACCAUCAACUGUUUACGGGGCGGAACAUCUGUUGCGUCUUUUUGUUAAAUUGCCAGAGCUCCUUGCCUAUGUAAAUAUGGAAGAGGAAACAAUGACACGCUUGCAGCAAAAGUUAGUUGAUUUUAUCAGAUUUUUGCAGAAGAAUCAAAGUACCUUCUUUCUCUCGGUAUAUGAUGGCUCCAAGGUCGCAGAAGGAACAACUAAGGGUAAAGAGAUUUGAGGCUCCUUGUAUUCGUAUGGUUCGGCACUAAAUCUUGAGCACCCUGAAUGGAAGAUCAGAAGCAAGGGGAUAUUCUUCUACCUUGCAAAUUAGGUAUAACACAUGCAUUGCCAUUGCUCCCUACCUCAGAACCAUGUGGUUGAGGGCUCAUAUCUCUUGGAUUUAUUUGAGGGAUUCCCCUUAUCUAGCUCUGAAGUGAGUCCCUGUCACCUUAUCGAAAAAUAAAAAAAUAGAAGAUAAAAAGAGGAAUUCUCAGCCAGCUUUUGCCUGUCUAGGCCUCUUUGUAGUUGAUGUAUGUGCUUGUAGGGCCGAAGCGAGUCUAAGACCCUCUUGUUGUAUACCUGUACUUGUAAGUUUUUCUUUUUCCGAUUUCUCAGCCGUUUUUCCGUACAGGGUUUUUGUCUGUAGUUGAUGUAUGUGCGUAUAGAACCAAAGAGAGUUCAUGACCUGUAAUUAUUAAUAGCUCAUUUGUGCAGUCAGAUCAGGGUGAAACAUAUUGCUCUAGAAACAAGCAGCAUUUGUUCUAUUGAUGACUUGAUGCUAUCAUAGUCUUGGCUUUUGUGUUA